GGUUGACGGGACGAAGCAAAACAGAGCAGAGCAGAAAAAAGAGCUGGGCAAGGCGAGGGCCAGCGCCAGACAGAACUGAACAGACCAGUAUGAAAGUCAGGACAUGGGCAGCGGUCCCAGUGUUACCAGGAAAGCAAUUAGGUGGUGUGGCGCGUGGAUCCAGAUGCAGGCGCCGGGCCUGGCCUGGCUUACUUUCCAGUUGGUACAUGCGGCGGGUGUACCGCUACGGACGGCGGUGGUGGUGCUGGUAUCGGUACCUCUGGCCCUCGUCCCUCCCAAGCUGUUGAAGCCGUCCAUCCCUGCACUAAGUCCGUCCCGUGCGGCCCUCCCAGUCAACUGGCCACUGCCGCAGUCCAUCUCAUCUUUUCUCGGGCCGCUCUAGCCACUGCCAUGGCCUUGUACUUGUAGUGCUUGUCUCGGCUGUGCUCUCACAUUACUCGGCCUUAAUCCUCCGCAGCAGCC